AGUAGUGUAUACAGCACGGGGCAGUAACCGCUCUACUGACGUCAACAACCUGUGGCCGACACAACACAACCAGAACUACCUACGUGUCAUAUCCUUCUCUUGUGUUUUUAGCUGUCAUUUCAGAGAACUGCUAGAGAGUUGAUCAUCAUGGGAACUGAAAAAAAUGUGCAAGGUAAUACUGCCCUGAAAUAUGUGAGUCUUGUGACAUUAACAGUGCAGAACUCUGCUGUGGCUCUCAGCAUGCGUUAUGCUCGCACUCGCCCCGGAGAUAUGUUUAUUGCUUCUUCUGCUGUUGUGGUGGCAGAGUUUGUGAAGCUGUUGGCAUCACUUCUCUUGGUAUACAAACAAGAGGGUUCCAUACAGCACUGGUUUAUGACAUUAAACACCCAGAUUUGGCAACAGAAGAUUGAUACACUGAAGGUCUGUGUCCCUUCAUUCAUCUACCUCAUCCAGAAUAAUUUGCUCUACGUGUCUGCAUCUAACCUGGAUGCUGCUACAUACCAAGUUACCUAUCAGAUGAAGAUUUUGACAACUGCCAUGUUUGCUGUGUUGAUUCUACAUAAACAGCUUCGUGGCACUCAGUGGUUGUCACUCUUACUUCUUACAUUUGGUGUUGCACUGGUUCAGCUGUCUUCAGUUGACAAAGGAGUCACAGCAGCAAAUAUUGGACAGAACCGUCUCCUUGGCUUUGUUGCUGCUGUCUCUGCUUGCUGUUGUUCCGGUUUUGCUGGCAUUUACUUUGAAAAAAUUUUAAAAGGGUCAGAUGUUUCAGUUUGGGUCAGAAAUGUACAGCUGUCAUUUCUCUCAGUACCAUUAGGUGUAAUGACUUCAUAUGCAAAUGAUUAUGCAGCCAUCACAGAUAAGGGAUUCUUUUAUGGCUAUGAUGCCUAUGUAUGCUAUCUUGUGGUCCUAAAUGCAGUUGGAGGAUUGCUGGUAGCCAUGGUAGUUAAAUAUGCAGAUAAUAUCCUCAAAGGUUUUGCAACAUCAUUAGCCAUUGUCAUUUCCACUGUUGCUUCAGUGUUUCUUUUUGAUUUUGUAAUAACAUUCCAGUUUGCAAUUGGCACGACCUUGGUGAUUGGCACAAUCUUCCUGUACAGCCACGAACCCAAGAAACCAGCAUCCAACCCCAUGAGUGGGAACUGGGCAUUGCAUGUAGGACUUCCAAGCACCCUCUUAGCAGAUAAGGAAGCUGGACAACACAGAAGGUGGAAGGAGUUAACUUUACUGUAUUCCAGCAUAUUGUUGACAAAAUUAAUAUUUACAGUUCAACACCUUGCAUAACAAUUUUGACAACAGGAAACCAUAUAUUUACCAGUUACAGUGAGAGGGGGAAAAUAGAUACUACUGUACCUCUAUACUCUUACCAUCUACAGUGAAAAGGUAAAAAAAAAAAACGAGAUUCAUAGACAGGGUAAUACAGUUUUUAGGGAUUUUUAAGAGUCAGCAAGAGGAAAAGUGUCUUCAUCUAUACCUUGGUAAGCUUUGGAAAAUAAGGAGAGUUUGGAAAGAUGUUUGUGAUUGCACCAUUAUAAAGGGGAAAAGCCUCAUAUGGUGAAUUUGGUUUGUUAACAAUAGGUCAGCUGCUGCAGGUAUUAGAUUCCUUCACUUGUGGGAAAUAAAGAAAAUUAUCAUGUAUUGUUGAAACUCUCCCUUAUAAAUAAAUGCCACACAUGUUCUUGGGAAGUUUAGUGUCAAGGUGAAUAUUUGUCUCGGAAUAAAGCAAAGCCAUAUAGAGGUUAGGUUCAGUUCCUUUAUCUUGGAUUUGUUCUUCAGAAAAUAUGUAAAAUUAAGGAUUCCUUUACGAAGCUGGAUAAUCACCAUAGCCCAGUUCACUCAUAUGUUCCUUGACUUGCAUGGUUUCCCAAUUGCAUGCUUUACUUUUAAACUUCAAAAUUUGCAAUUGCAUGAGAUGAUUUCUAGUUGCAUGGGUUGAAUAGCCAAUGUCCAUGAUUCUAGCUGCACCAUAACUAGGUGGUGUGUUAUGUACCAGCCAGUCCGUACAGUAUAGUUAUGCUGAGUAUAAGUCUUCACCUUCCAUCUCCUGGUUACAACUUAAUCUAUUAUAAGGUAUGUAUUGUACAUAACAGCAUAACUGUAUAGAGUACAUAAUUUUAGAAUACAGUAAUUUAAAAAUAAUGCAGGCCACUAUGCAGCCACACACUACAAUACCUCCCACACUUCACUCCCUCACCCACAUGAUACAAUACCUCCCUCACAGUUUACCUACUACCCCACACAUUCCAUAUAUACUACACACCAUAACACACACACACGAAAUGUCAAUAAGUUGUGUUGGUGGCGGUGAACAAGUGUUUCUAGCUGCUACUGUCCUAUAUAGAGGGGAUGAUGCUGUGUGGUUGUGUGAUGGGCAGGUGGAGGUGUUAAUGGUGUGAGGGGCAGGUGGAGGUGUUAAUGGUGUGAGGGGCAGGUGGAGGUGU